AAAUAAUCCUUAUCAUUUUGAGGGGCUAGUUUUAGAAUUACGUGAAUCCUUCCCCAUUUGCGCGCAAAUAAACUGAAUUUGCAACCUGCAAAACUUGGCAGCUCAGAAUCAUGGAUUCCCUGUUCUCAACCACUACAAUCUCUUCCAUUCUGGUGAAACGAAAUGGAGGAAUUAGCUGCCAGAUUCCGGUGGCUCAUUUCCAGACCAACUCCAGAAGGCGACCACCAAAAAACCUCCUCUAUCCACGGCGGACCAAGCUUCCCCCUGAUCCCGGCGUCAAUCAAUUCUUGAAGAAACGAACCUCUGGCCCUCAGCCUGACACAUCCUUCCCAGAUUUGAUUUCGAGCGAGAAAAUCGGAUUGCCGGAAGAAGAACUUGACGAGAUUGAAGAAACCGCUGCGGAUAACUAUUUCGCCAAUGAUGAUAACGACAGUGAUGUUGUUUGGGAUUCGGAAGAAAUUGAAGCUAUUACAUCACUCUUCCGAGGGAGAAUUCCUCAGAAACCUGGUAAAUUGAACCGGGAGAGACCUCUUCCUCUCCCACUUCCUCACAAGCUACGACCACCAGGACUUCCUAACCCUAAAAUUCGCCCAAGAACAGCGGUUUCUUCGCGUGCACUGAUGUCUAAGCAAGUCUAUAAACGCCCCGAUUUUCUUAUUGGACUUGCAAGAGCGAUUAGAGAUUUGAAACCGGAGGAGAAUGUGUCCAAAGUUCUCAACAGGUGGGCACCAUUUUUGCAGAAGGGGUCGCUGUCGUUAACGAUCAAGGAACUAGGUCAUAUGGGUCUUGCUGAUAGAGCUCUAAAGACGUUCUGUUGGGUACAAGAGCAACCUCGACUCUAUCCAGAUGAUCGUGUUUUGGCCUCUACCGUUGAGGUCCUCGCAAGGAACCAUGAACUUAAAAUACCUUUCAACCUGGAUGAGUUCACUAAACUUGCGAGUCGUGGUGUGCUCGAGGCAAUGAUGAGAGGGUUCAUCAAAGGUGGGAGGUUAAGCCUUGCUUGGAAGCUUCUUGUAGCUGCCAAGAACGGUAAGAGAAUGUUGGAUCCUAGCGUUUAUGUGAAGUUGAUAUUGGAGAUUGGUAAGAACCCUGAUAAAAACAUGCUGGUACUUGCCUUACUAGAUGAACUAGGACAAAGAGAAGCCUUGAAUUUAAACCAGCAAGAUACAUCAGCUAUCAUUAAGGUCAGCACAAGGCUUGGUAAAUUUGAAAUUGCUGAAAGACUUUAUAGCUGGUAUGUUGAAUCUGGGCAUGAACCCAGUGUGGUUAUGUACACUGCUUUAGUUCAUAAUCGCUAUUCAGAGAGGAAGUAUAGGGAGGCAUUAUCUGUAGUGUGGGAAAUGGAGGCUGCAAACUCUCCUUUUGAUCUUCCUGCUUAUAGUGUAGUGAUGAAGCUUUUUGUUGCUCUUGGGGAUCUUUCAAGGGCUGUUAGAUACUUUGCAAAGCUUAAGGAAGCUGGUUUUACCCCUACAUAUUGUAUAUAUAGGAACUUGAUUACCAUUUAUUUAGCUGCUGGCAGGUUAGCCAAGUGUAAGGAAAUCUACAAGGAAGCAGAGAAUGCUGGAUAUGUCAUGGACAAACAAAUUACCUCAAUGUUGUUGCAAGCAAAAAGAUGAUACAUUUCUAGUAAGAGAUCUAUAAUUUUCAAUCUUGUUUAUACUUUGUGUCAUUGGUUUGUACCAUCGAAUAAUUAUUAGACUUGUUUCAGAGUAUUGCAAUUUCAUUGUCAUUGCACUA